AUGACCAAUGGCUUGCUGACGACUUCCUUCAGUCACAGAUGCAGGGCCCGUCAUCUAAGAUGCGACACGAAAACACCAGCCUGCGACAACUGCAGAACUGCCGGCGAAGAUUGCGAGAGAUUUCUCAACAUUCGUUUUCGAAAUGGGCUAGACUUUGUCAAGGACCAGGAUGUGACGUUCCCUGAAAAAGGUCCCUGGCCGUCUCUGACGGGGCCCAUCCGAUUCUACGAUGAGACCCCUGAGACUGAAAGUCUUUACAUAACAAGCAACUCAUCACCAUCUUCUCAAGUCCGCCAUGAUACAGGCUACUCAGACGGCAGCCACUGCGGUCUGCCAGGGUCGGAUGUCCGCGAACAGAGACCAUACCAGACUCUUCCCGAAAAGGACACACCCGUGACACAACAGAUCUUUACUCCUGCCAGCAGACCAACCUACGCAGCUUCAAAUAUAGGAAGUCCCGUCGCGCAUCUCGGGUAUCCGGAUGCCGAAUGUACAACAGAGCUGCGUCGUGACUCGACUAGUUUGACUGAUUUUGCGAGGUCACAAACGCAUACUUCUCUUAGUGCAAGGGAGGCUGUCCUCUUCCGCAAUUUCGUCGAUAAUAUGGCUUUGUGGACAGACAUUACAGACCCUCAGAGACACUUUGAAAUAGUGGCUCCGGCGCGAGCUCUCCACGAGCCAGUAUUACGCGCCGCAAUCCUUGCGUUUUCGUCCCGUCAUAUCAACAGACAAAGACCGGAUGGCGACACAGAGUCACUAAAGUACCACAACCAAUGCCUUGAGCUUCUCAUUCCAGCCUUGUCGUGCAAUGACAAUGAGAUUACCGAGGAAUUACUAGCCGCCAUCGCAAUUCUCCGUCAGAAUGAAGAAAUGGAUCCACAGGACAACCAGUUCCAUUUAACGGGAACGACAAGAAUAUUAAAUACAAUGUCCUCCUUUGGCUCCUCCGGAGGAUUAGGUGAGGCAGCCGCUUGGCUGUGCCUUCGCGAGGACAUGUACAUAUCACUCACGUCACAGUCGCCAUUGCGGACAGAUCUUCAUAGCUUCGAGCGCUCGGAUGUCUUCACCAGAACCGACGACUUUGCUUGGUCCAACCGGAUGGUGUUUCUGUUGGCCAGAAUCUUGAGCUGCGCUUUCAACGAGGAGAACCGGACGAGAGGUUUUUAUGCUUCACUCAAGGCUCUAGAGAAAGAGGUCGACUAUUGGAAUGCGUCCAAACCGCAGACAUUUCAUCCCGUCCAUUUUGUUCCCCGAGGAAAGGAUUCUGGUCAACGGUUUCCAACUAUCUGGACGCUGUUGCCAGUCCAUGUUGUUGGUUUACAGUAUUACUACAUUGCAAAGAUUAUACUUGCUUUGUCUGGUUGCUCGAAUCCAUCUCUCCCAUACGAAACCCUACAGCGUUCACGGGACGUUGAAAAACUUGUCCGGGGCCAUCUUCUCAAUGUGCUGGGCUUAGCUGCGUCAAACCCUAGAGCUGAAAACACCCUUUUCACUGCACGGCAUAGUUUAGUCGCUUGGGGCUGGAUACUACGGCAUAAACUAGAUCAAGAAGCUGCUGAAGGGCUACUACGGUAUAUGGAGUUGAAGACUGGCUGGAAUACGUCCCAUUUGAUAGAUUCUCUGAGAGAGCAGUGGAAUAACGAACAUGCCGAUGACUAA